GUCAUUUCCUGAUUUAGGGUCAACAACAUGGUGCCGUCCGUGGUCUGGGCGAGCCAAUGAUUUGAGUGGAUAUUUUCCUACGAAUGCCUUUUAUUUGUAUGAUACUUCGCUAAUAUUGUACAAGAGCUAAUGCUGGGGCAUUAGAUUGUUAUUCGUUGUUUUUCCACUGUCAAAGAGUAUUGAACAAGUGUCCAUCUCUGCUGCUGCUCACACAACUGAUCAUGUCGGGAACAAAUGUGUGGACUCGCAGUCGGGAGAGGAUGAGACGGUUCCCAGAGCUGUUUGCCCAGUGUUCUGGUGAGGCUGCAGCUUAUGGGAAGUGUGUGACAGCUACUACCACAGGCAGACAGGAGCUGAGAAAGGACCUGUGUGUUAAAGAGUUUGAUGCUCUGAAGACUUGCAUUGUUACAGCAGUGAGUGGCAUAUUACAGGUGUUCCAACAUUUUCUAUGACAUUUUGUCUGUCUUUGUAUGAAUUCAACUGACUUGAUCAUCUUAUUGUCUUGCAGGCCAAGAAGGGAGUGAAGUAGACCAUUCCGCCCAACACAUCUCUGCUGGACAUAGGCUUUAUUGUCAACAUAAACAGGGGUGUAUUCACUCGGUACUAAACGGACGGAAACGAGGAGGGACCUACCUGAAUUUGUUCAAUAGAAACGCUCAAUUACAUUGUAAAACAUUUGCAUCUGUUUGCAGUCUGCACUAAUGACUACACCCCAGGCAGUGGACCUAAUGUCCCCAUUGUUCCAUGAACAUCAGGUAGUACUGUUUCAGUAAUGCGAUGGCAGGUGCUGAAAGAUAUCUUGACGAGUCCCACAAGCAUAAUGUUUGACCUGUUGUUGGUCCCAGAGGUAAUGCAAGCAUGGUGUUUCAACUAGUCUUCAAUAGUGCGUCACGGUCAUACCGUUUGACUAUGUAAUAACAUGUAACCCACCACCGAAGACUUGCAGGACUGUGUAUUUGUCAUGUAGAAAUAUGCAAAUUGGUGUAUGGGGGAUAUCUUUGGUUAAUGUACACAACACACAUUGACAACCAACAUUUCAUAUUGUGACAUUUUCAGAAAUAUGAGUCGACCCAGAAUUAAAUAACUGUAAUUCUAAAGAAGUCAUGAGGCCACUGAUUGAUGUCCUCCCUUUAUGAAGUCCAUUUCAUUCACUGUUCCUUAUGGUAGCCACAGCUCAGGGCACCAUUGUAGAAGUCCAAGACACUGUUUCAAAUGCUACAAGAAUAGAGAGCGAGAGAUGACGACUAAUUGCACUUCUGUUCUGGAAAUGAUGCAUUUCCAUCUCAAUACAGGCAUAAAGAUAUUCACUUCGACCCGUUCAUUUCACCCCUAGUUAGGAUAAAGGCACAAAACAGUGGAGCCCUCACACACAGGAUGUGACAAAACAAAAGAACCAUAUUCCUUUUAAGUCACAGAAGAAACACUGCUGUAGCACAUGUAAGGCACAAGAACGUGGAAUGUAGAAUCAGAAUUAUGGAUUCAGAACUCACACAAAAAAUAAAAUCAUAUUGGAAUUGUACCGUAUGUGUGUGACAAGGAUACACAUUUCUCCAGCACUACAUUCUUAUUUUUAUUGAUCAAAAAUAUGAUUCUGUUUUCAAAAUCAAGAGUCAAAUUAUCUGGAAGAAGCACUGAAUCUCACCAAUUGAUCCCUAUUUAAAUGUUCUUUGAACGCUUUCCGAAAAUAUGUAAAAACCAGCACGAGGACAUUUAGCGACAGUUCAGAGAACAUAUAGACGCUAUUUACAGCACACGAUAACCAACAUACAUUGGGCUUAACAAAACCACUACAGUAACAAAAACACCAGCACGUAAUCUUUCCAGAGCCAAAAUGAAAACGCCAAAUCACUUAGAAGUAUCAAGGGAUUUAAAAUGAGUAAAAUACAAGUCAUUGGAUAGAUGGUACAUUGCUCUCUCAAAACACAGGAAAAAAGGAACAUCUGUAUGUGGUAUUGCAUUGCAUCCAAAUCUCACCCCAGAGAAAACUAAAAAUAAGUUAACAUUUACAUACAAAUAUAUUUUUAAUAAAGACUAGAUCUAUUAUAGAAUAAUAUGUGAUCAUUGCUACAAUAUCUUUGUUUUUAUUUAACCUUUAUUUAACUAAGCAAGUCAGUUAAGAACAAAUUCUUAUUUUCAAAGACUGCCUAGGAACAGUGGGUUAACUGCCUGUUCAGGGGCAGAACGACAUUUGUACCUUGUCAGCUCGGGGAUUUGAACUUGCAACCUUCCGGUUACUAGUCCAACACUCUAACCACUAGGCUACCCUGCCGCCCUUUAUCAUCACUAUUAUCUUGUAUCUUCUGGAAUCAUGGAAGGAGCACUAAAGAAAGCACUAGUAUUUGGUAAUAGAUGCCCACAGACUAAGGUCACAUGAAGAUGCAGCCCAAUUCAGAUCAGAUCUUUUGCCAAUAAUUGUGAAAAAGAUCAGAAUUGGGUUGCCUGUGUAAAUGCAGCCAGAAUGUUCCCUAUCACAUCAAUGCAUCUCACACACUCACACUCCUCCUGUACUUGUCAGGUAUUGUGAAGGCAGGUGGUAAGGCAAUAGAGUGAUCCA